AUGUUAACUGGAGAGCCAUCCACGGAUUUGAAAUUGCUUCAACGAGGCCAAUUGAUUAUAGCAACCCCGGAAAAAUGGGAUAAUGUAAGUCGACGAUGGAAACAGCGCAAGAAUGUUCAGGCUGUGCGUCUCUUCAUCGUGGAUGAUCUGCAUAUGAUUGGGGGCAGCAGCGGGAGGUACGAGAUGUUACUCACAGAAAGUCUCGAUCCUAACAGAAGCCUUUUAGAGAGGGUUGAUUUGUACGGUUUGUAA